ACCAUACCGAAGCUUUACACAAAAUUUAACGUCAAUUUAACACUCAAAUUUUAACGUUCUUCCAUUAUCCCACGCUUAAUAUCAUUUAGGGACAGAGCUGGAAUUUAAAAUUCAUAUCCAAUUCUUUCAUACCAGAUUUAUAUUGCGAAAACGAAAGAAUAAUAAAUUAUUUAAAGUCAAUUCGUUUGUAUGUCAAAUAUAAUUGACAGUUUUUAUUGAGUGUCAGUUUCGACGUCCAUUUAAUAAAAGAAGCGGAGCAAGAUUUCAAUUUUCAACUGCAACGUAAUAAUAAGAAAUGCGUGAGUGCAUAUCCAUACACGGUGGGCAAGCCGGAGUGCAGAUCGGGAAUGCUUGCUGGGAGUUGUACUGCUUGGAACAUGGAAUCCAGCCAGAUGGGCAGAUGCCCUCGGACAAGACCGUGGGAGGAGGGGACGACUCCUUCAAUACUUUCUUCAGCGAGACCGGCGCUGGUAAGCACGUCCCCAGAGCAGUGUUCAUCGACCUAGAGCCGACGGUCGUCGACGAGGUCCGCACGGGCACCUACCGCCAGCUGUUCCACCCGGAACAACUAAUCACUGGCAAAGAAGACGCAGCGAAUAACUAUGCCAGAGGACACUAUACCAUCGGGAAGGAAAUCGUCGACUUGGUUCUGGACAGAAUUCGCAAGCUGGCCGACCAAUGCACGGGCCUGCAAGGUUUCCUAAUCUUCCACUCUUUCGGCGGAGGUACCGGGUCGGGCUUCGCGUCCCUUCUCAUGGAGCGGCUCUCCGUAGAUUACGGAAAGAAGUCUAAACUAGAAUUCGCUAUAUAUCCAGCGCCUCAGAUAUCGACAGCGGUGGUGGAGCCUUACAACUCCAUCCUCACCACACACACGACGCUGGAGCACUCAGAUGCCGCCUUCAUGGUGGAUAACGAAGCCAUCUAUGAUAUUUGUAGGAGGAACUUGGAUAUAGAGAGACCGACAUACACCAAUUUGAACAGAUUGAUCGGACAAAUAGUGUCUUCUAUCACCGCUUCACUGAGAUUUGAUGGCGCUCUGAACGUCGACUUGACUGAGUUCCAGACUAAUCUGGUGCCAUACCCUCGCAUCCACUUUCCUCUAGCGACGUAUGCCCCAGUGAUCUCCGCAGAAAAGGCGUACCACGAGCAGCUGUCCGUCGCCGAGAUCACCAACGCGUGCUUCGAGCCCGCCAACCAGAUGGUGAAAUGCGAUCCUCGACACGGGAAGUAUAUGGCUUGCUGCAUGUUGUAUCGAGGAGACGUAGUGCCGAAGGACGUCAAUGCGGCUAUCGGUACGAUCAAGACCAAGCGUACCAUUCAAUUCGUGGACUGGUGCCCCACUGGGUUCAAAGUAGGGAUCAAUUACCAGCCGCCCACCGUGGUGCCCGGAGGAGACUUGGCCAAGGUCCAGCGCGCCGUGUGCAUGUUGUCGAACACUACGGCCAUCGCAGAAGCCUGGUCCCGUCUGAACCACAAGUUCGAUCUGAUGUAUGCCAAGCGAGCGUUCGUGCACUGGUACGUAGGUGAGGGCAUGGAAGAAGGAGAGUUCUCGGAGGCUCGCGAGGACUUGGCCGCGCUGGAGAAGGACUACGAGGAAGUGGGGAUGGACUCCGGAGAGGGCGAGGGUGAAGGCGGCGAGGAAUAUUAACUACUAUGUUAACAUUGUAGGACUUAAAUUUUUGGACUAUUUACAGUUCUUUAAGUUAUAUUUAAUUAUUUGAAUUUAUCUUGUUAUUUUCUGGAGAUAAAACAUAUUGCAUAGAAACUUUGUAAAAUGAAAUAAAAAUAUAUAAUAAUAUUGUAUAA